AUGCCUACCGCCCCGACAUCGCCUCGAGAGAUCUUGGAGAGUAAUGGAAAACUACUUUCCAACCGUGACGCACUGUCUAUUCAGAUCACCACUGCCAACUUUCGUCGCUUUGUCUCUAGGAGCGGGCCGGUAUUUUGGUUCCAGGACCGCGUGGAAGAGAUAGUCCUAUGGAAGCGGGGAUGGUGCUACACAAUUGCAUGGGGUUUUGUAUACUCAUUUAUGUGUAUAUACCCUCGAAUGCUGUUGAUUUUACCUCAGUUGGUAUUAUUGGCCAUCAUGUUGAUCAAUUACCCUGGAAGUCAUAACCGACGACCAGGCUCCCCCAGCGCCAAAGGGAUCAGCGACAGCCCAACUCGCCCAAGCCCUCAACUUAUAGCACCUGAAGGAAGCUCGGAAUGGUAUGCAAAUUUGCAAGCCAUCCAGAACCUCAUGGGCGCUAUAUCGGACGUGCACGAAUUAGCUGUUACUGUUGUUCCCUACCUGACUUGGGCAACUCCUGCAACUCGGUCAAUACUGUACAUGACUAUCAUGACUCUCCCAAUCGGAUUUUUGCCAAUAUCACCACAACAAAUCUUUCUCGGAGGCGGACUUAGUCUUUUGUGUAUAAUGCACCCGUUUUUCCAGAAUCUUCUCCCGGGAAUCGUCGCUCAAAUAACACCUGCUAUGCGUGUAAUCUGGGAGAGGUUAUUGGACGAUCUCAGAAUGGAAGAACGCCACGUUGAAGCGCGAGGAGGUUUUCGUGUCGAGUUACGUCUACCUGGUUUUCGAACAAUGCAUAUACCAGCUACCCUAAAAUCCAUUUUGGGAGUUGACUCGUCGGAGAAGGUGCCAGCUCAGUAUCCUAUUCCAGAACCGGACGAAGAGCGCAUGCUCGAGGUCGAGUUGUUUGAAAACGAGCGGUGGGUGGCAGGCUCCGGAUGGAAAGCAACGAAUCUUCGGACGGGAGAACGGCGAGGGUUUACUAGGGGUAGAGAUGGAUGGAGCGCGGGAGAUGUGAAGGGGCUGGACUAUGGAAAUGUCAGCAGUAAUCUAACAUUCGACCUGAGCCCAGGAUGGAGGUUCGUCGAGACAGAGGACUGGAGGAUCGACUGGGUAGGCUCGUGGAUAGCGUGCGGUUCUGAUAGUGACGGAUGGGUCUAUACCAAUGAUUCAUGGCUGAACCCAAAGCCAUUCCCGCCCAACGAGCUCGUUCAAACCACUUCUAGUGCCGCGGCCAAUGCCUUGGGUCCUGGAGUGACUAGGAGAAGAAGAUGGAGAAGACGGAUAUACCGCGUCAAUGUCUAG